AUGACAAUACGCAGAGCCCGCGACGAGGAGCCGGCCGCCUCUGGUGCUGCCGACUCCAACAACGGCCUCAAAGGUCACAAGCUACUCAUGCUAGUGCCUCCGCCCUUCUUGCCUAACCCAGAGCAUCUGGACUCCCUGCGAAGAAGGUUCCCCGGCCUCGAGAUCUUUGUCCACGUCAGGGAAUGGGCUGACAAAAAUGCCCCGACUCCGUCGGCCGACAGCGGCUGGAGAUGGGAGGACAUAACCAUCCUCAUGACUGGCAGCGCUCUGCCGAGCAAGGAAGAGGCAGUCAAGCUCCAAUACGUGCAGCUGCUCAGUGCUGGCGCAAAUCACAUCCUCAACCAUCCGCUUUUCGCCGACACUGACAUAACCUUUUGCACCGCGAACGGGGUUCACGGCCCGCAGAUCAGCGAAUGGAUAGUCGGCACACUUCUGUCGUUUGAACACCACUUGCCUCCUCUGUGGGAUCAGCAAAAGGAGUCCCACUGGGAAAGGAAAGAUGCUUAUCAAAAAGUUACCGAUUCUGUCGGGCGCAGAUUAGGAGUCCUCGGUUAUGGGAGCAUUGGAAGGCAGACAGCUCGCCUCUGCAAGGCACUGGGAAUGGACGUCCACGCGUACACCCUCCACCCGCGAGACACGGCCGAGUCACGUCUUGAUGCUUCUUACGCACCUCCAGGCACCGGAGACCCUGAAGGCGUGUUCCCCUCCAAGUGGUUCUCUGGAGGCAGCAAGCAAGACCUGCACGAGUUCCUCUCGUCUGGGCUCGAUGUGCUCGUCAUCUCGACGCCACUGACCGACAAGACGACUCACCUUAUUGGGGCAGAGGAGUUUCAAAUCCUGAGCCAGCGUGGAACGUUUGUGUCCAACAUUGCUCGCGGCCCUAUCAUCGACACCGAUGCACUCAUAGACGCGCUGAACACGGGAAAGAUUCGUGGUGCGGCCCUGGACGUGACUGACCCCGAACCACUGCCCAAGGACCACGCUCUGUGGAAGGCCAAGAAUGUGACGAUAACACCUCACGUGAGCGCGGCCUCCAGCUCAUACGGAAUCAGGAUCUGGAGCAUUCUGGAGGGGAACUUGGAGAAGUUAAGCCAGGGCAGGCCACUGAUGAACCGAGUAAGCCGGAAGGACGGCUAUUAG